AUGCAACCCUCAUGGACGCAACUGCAUUGUAAACAUAUAAUUAAUAACAAUGUUGUCGCAAAUAUUACAGAUUCCACACAAGACGUCCGUCAUAUGUGCUCUCAGAACACAGGCCUGACAAUAUCUAGGGAAAACACCCGCCCUUACUUAUCGCAGUGUGCAGAUCUCACACCCUGCCAGUUACACUAUCGCAAUCCUACAAAGAUGUACAGAGGAAAUCGGUGCGCAGAUGAACAGUCCGGUAUAACAGGGGAUUUUUGCUCACCGAUAGAUAACCGGAACAGUGGAUGCCCAAUGCGAACUGAUCUGUUCCAGGAAGCCUGUCUGCUUCAUCAAGCGAAACAAUUCAACCUGUUUGACACAGAGGAACCGAGUUCAACCACUAGAUUACAUGCCGUUGAACAACACUCAAAAAUAUCCACACGAAUGUAUCGAUGGCUUGCAAUGUUCUUUGCUUGCCUGGUUGUGCUACUUGUCCUUACCUACCGAAUCAUUCAGUGGUAUCAUCAAUACGAAGCAAUGAAGCAUUAUUUUGUAUACACCAACCAAAUGGUCAACGCGGAUCGUGAGGAUCUACCAAAUGUGCCUCUCAAUACCAAUUUGUCCGCUAUGUUGCCCUACAUUUCUGAGAUGGUUGAGCGAAAACAGGGACCAACUGCAACGCAUCGUCGGACUGCUGGAUUGGUUGUAACCAUUUGCAACGUGAAUCCAUUGAGGGGGACAGCACUUUUUGCAUUCCAAAAUGGUCCCUCAAUCUAUGACUUACUACUGCGACGUAGGCAGUCACAGUUCGGGAAUCCAGAGGUCGAAGGUAGCAAUACAACUUCAAGACGAACGCUUCUAUCUGUGGAUUUGAUUUCGCGUUCUGGACACAGGAUGGAAGAGAUGCUCAAACGGUUAGCAUCUAUGUCGUAUUAA